ACAAUGUGACAGUAGCGAUGGUUGGGCACGGGACGCAGCCGCUGCGCUUUGCGGGACCCAAUCUCCAGGUUCCACACGCGCCCUUAGACUAGCAUCGCUUUGCUCACCCUCACGCUGUCUCUCUCUCUCUCUCUCUCUCUCUCUCUCUCUCUCUCUUGUUCGCUCUCUUUCUCUCGCGCACGCCUGGCCUCGAACCCCGCGGGAGAAAAUAAGAGAACGCAGAUCGCGACGCUUCCGGGAAAAAGUUUUUGGCCGGCCGCUGUCAAAGGAGAUUGGUAUUGUAUUUCUUUUGAACCACUAGUUGAUGGAUUUAUCACUGACAAUACAACAACAUUUUAGCUAAAAAUCGUGUGAAGCAUGGGUGACUGGAGCUUUCUGGGGCGGCUGCUGGAGAACGCUCAAGAACACUCCACCGUGAUUGGCAAGGUGUGGCUGACAGUCCUCUUCAUCUUUCGUAUCCUGGUCCUGGGGGCGGCUGCGGAGGAAGUGUGGGGUGACGAGCAGUCGGACUUCACCUGCAACACGCAGCAGCCCGGUUGCGAGAACGUGUGCUACGACGAAGCCUUCCCAAUCUCGCACAUCCGCUUCUGGGUGCUGCAGAUUAUCUUCGUGUCCACGCCCACCUUGAUCUACCUGGGACACGUGCUGCACAUUGUCCGCAUGGAGGAGAAACGCCGGGAGAAGGAGGAGGAGCAGCGGAAGGCCAGCCGGCACCAGGAGGAGAGAGACCCUCUGUACAGGAACGGAGGAGGAGGAGGGAAAAAGGAGAAGCCCCCAAUCAGAGACGAGCACGGUAAAAUCCGCAUCCGGGGGGCUCUCCUGCGCACAUACGUGUUCAACAUCAUCUUCAAGACGCUGUUCGAAGUGGGCUUCAUCCUGGGUCAGUACUUCCUGUAUGGCUUCCAGCUCAGCCCCCUAUAUAAGUGUGGUCGCUGGCCCUGCCCCAACACGGUUGACUGCUUCAUCUCACGCCCCACAGAGAAGACCAUCUUCAUCAUCUUCAUGCUGGUGGUAGCCUGCGUCUCCCUGCUACUCAACCUGCUGGAGAUAUACCACCUGGGAUGGAAGAAGGUGAAGCAGGGGGUCAGCAACGAGUUUGCGCCCGACCGAAUGGCGCUCCCCCUGGCCAGAGACGAGGCGGUGGAGUCCAACAUGAUCCAGGAGGGGAUCACCCACCCGGCCCUCAACUGCCUGCCCACGUAUGGUGGCGUGAACGUGGUGUACCUGCCCAACGAGCAGGCAAACGCCACGGACGCUUUAUCCGAGCAGCAGGCAGCGGCGGCAGAACUCAAGAUGGACCCUUUCCAUGAAGACUUCCUGCUGGAGGCUCCUCCCACGUCCUUCUACGGCAGCGAGGGCAAUGGCCAGCAGCAGUCCGUGGAGCAGAACUGGGCCAACAUGGCCAUGGAGCUGCAGACUCUGGACGCUGCCAAGUCCUCCUUGUACCCUCCUCCUCCCUCCUCCCCUUCUCCGCCACCCUCCUCCUCCUCCCACACCUCCUCUGACCAGGAGCAGUCACCCCCUCCACCGGACACUGCCCCUCCUAUCCCCGACUCCCGCUCCUCCACCCUCCCGCUGGGGGAAUCGAGAAGGAGUGAGGAGCACCAGCAGCAGGAAGAAGAGGCGGCGCUGCCGCUGACGCACGUUGAUGAUGUCACGGUGACCCGGGUGGAGAUGCACGAGCCGCCCAUUUUCAUAGCGGCGGACGCCCGCAGGCUGAGCAGGGCCAGCAAGACCAGCAGUGUCCGAGCCCGGCCCGACGACCUUGCCGUGUAACACAUACACACACACACACACUCUCACACACCUUCACACAAUCACAUACAAACACAUGCAGACCCCUAUCCACCACCGCACCCCAAUGCCUCUGGGUUCUAUACAUUAUAUAUCUUUGAGGCUCAGGUGUCAAAUGUUGUGUGAAAUACAGAGGCGAAGUGGGAGAGGGGGGGGGGCUCUGGAGUUGAGAUGCUCCUGACAUUAAUCUCUACAGAAGUUGCGUUAUCUGGAGAUGCAUUCGGUGAGGUGAGGCAUAGCUUAGUGCUUCAACGUUAUGAGGUGCCAACACGUAUGUGGAGAGGGAACACAUUCACUGUUUGCAGCUCAGAUGCCAUGAAAGGAUAAGAGAUAUUGGACUAACUCGUUUGGGACAUUAGCAACAUUUCAGAUGAAUAUAAUUCUGCUGUUUUCUUUAUUCUUUGAUGGUAGACAUCAGAAGAGGGUUUGCGCUUUCGUUUAUUUUUUUCUCUCCCCCGUUUCUUUUUCUUUUCUUGUGAUGGACCCUUUAAGAUGAAGCCGAUGUGUCCUACUGUCUCUUCCUGGUGUCUGUCUGUCUGCCUCGUAGCUAGCCGUCUGUCUGUUCCAUGCUCACCCUUCCUAUUAAGCUGAAUGAAGAGAGGGACGCUCUGACAGUAUGAUGGAUUGGAGAGAGACGGGGAUAGGGUACCUGGGUGGCACUUUAUUCAGAAUGACUUGCUAUUUACUUACAAAUGACAUGUUAAUCACACACGACUAGGCACAUUUUGGUACCAGGUAGUUAACAAUGAAGUACCCUCUGAUAAUAUGUAAUGUACCAGUAAAUACCAGGUUAAUACCAGUGCAUAAGGUAACGUCCUACCGGUUACUGUCGUGUGUAGCCAUACUAGUGUGAAGCUUCAACCUAUGUUACCACCGCGAUCCCAACCUGAGGCUUGGUCUUUAGGAUUCACAGGCUUUGUGUGUGUGUGUUUCUGUGUGUGUGUGUGUGUGUGUGUGUGUGUGUGUGUGUGUG